UCUCUCCGAAUGGGUGUGGUUGAGUUUCUCUCAAUGCUACUGCCCGUGCAGAAGAAGGUGAUUUAUGUGGUGUACGAGUCGGGAUUGUUUGCAUGUACCUAGGUGUAGGCAUACGCGCAUUUCUACUUCGGAGCAUCGUUUCGUUUAUUUCUGCGCCGAAAGGCGCGUCUCCAGAUCAGCUGGCAAGAUAAGUCGAUUUUGGUUCUAUUGCUUAUUUUUUUAUUUUGCAAUCAAAAACCCGAGUCCGAUUCUCUUUCUGGUCUUCGCAGUUUAUGUAGUCGUUCAUUUUUGGACAAGGGUGCGACGGGCAUAACGGAAAAAGGGAGAGGGAGGAGAGAAGGAAGAAGGGGAGUACCGAGCCGAGCGAGGAAGGAAGGAAGCGAGGGAUCAGAAAAUACAUGCCGCAAAAUAGCUCUCAAACCGCCAAAAAAAAGAAUCUUUGAUAUAUGUUUGGUGCUAAUUCUCUGAAAUACCGAGUGAGCAAACAUACUACGCGUCGUGUUGUUACAAAUAUAAAAUCGUAACAGUAAGUUUCAGGACUUCAAAAACCAUUUGAAGCAGAGAAGAGGAUUUGGCGGUGUAAUACACAUACUGCAUUUUUGAGGAGGCCCUGAAUCGACUUGAUGUUCUUCUCAAAACACUACUGCUUAAAACAAACCGCAUGACAAGCAUAUCAUUCAACCUUUGGUAGUGGAUUGAAACUGCUGGAAAUCCGAACGGCGUGUCUGGCAGUGAGCACACGCGAAGAGAAGAUCAAGUAGUAAAAUACGCCAGGAAAUUCAAGGAAAUAGCAGGUUGCUGAUUGGCUGGAAGGUGGUGGGAUUAGCACCAAUCAAGUAUGAGUGAGCUGGAGCAGCUGCGCCAAGAGGCGGAGCAACUGAGGAACCAGAUUAGGGAUGCCCGGAAAGCUUGCGGGGACUCGACCUUGACACAGAUAUCCGCUGGACUCGACCCCGUGGGCCGGAUCCAGAUGCGGACGCGGCGAACGCUACGAGGGCACCUGGCUAAGAUCUACGCCAUGCACUGGGGCUCCGAUUCCAGGCUCCUUGUCAGUGCCUCACAGGACGGUAAGCUGAUCAUCUGGGACAGCUAUACCACCAACAAGGUCCACGCCAUCCCUCUGCGCUCCUCCUGGGUGAUGACGUGUGCAUACGCCCCCUCGGGGAAUUAUGUGGCCUGCGGGGGCCUGGACAACAUCUGCUCCAUCUACAGCCUGAAGACACGCGAGGGCAAUGUGCGCGUCAGCAGGGAGCUCCCAGGGCACACAGGUUACCUGUCCUGCUGCCGCUUUAUCAGUGACAAUCAGAUCAUCACAAGUUCUGGAGACACCAGCUGUGCAUUGUGGGACAUCGAGACGGGGCAGCAGACCACAGUGUUUUCAGGCCACAGUGGCGACGUCAUGAGCCUGUCCCUGUCUCCUGACUCGCGCAUCUUUGUGUCGGGUGCGUGUGACGCCUCCGCCAAGCUGUGGGACGUCCGCGACAGCAUGUGCCGCCAGACGUUCGUGGGGCAUGAGUCCGACCUCAACGCCAUCUGCUUCUUCCCCAAUGGUUAUGCCUUCGCCACGGGCUCCGACGACGCUACCUGCCGCCUCUUUGACCUGCGGGCCGACCAGGAGUUGAACCUUUACGCUCACGACAACAUCAUCUGCGGCAUCACCUCGGUGGCCUUCUCCUGCUCAGGGCGCCUCCUGCUGGCCGGAUAUGACGACUUCAACUGCAAUAUCUGGGACGCCAUGAAGGGAGACCGUGCUGGAGUUCUAGCGGGUCACGACAACCGCGUCAGCUGUCUGGGCGUGACGAACGACGGCAUGGCCGUCGCCACCGGUUCCUGGGACAGCUUUCUCAAGAUCUGGAAUUGAUUGAGCACUGGACAUGGACACACACGGACACACACACACACACACACACACACACACACACACACACACAGAGCACAUAUGCUAUGUAACGUCACUGUACAUAUUGCGUUAAUAUUACAUGCAGCAGUGCAGUUAAGGCACACGAACGUCCAGAAGUGAAUAACACAGCGCGGACAGCACUGGCGCAGUGCCUGAGUGGACGUGGACUUGUGCACGCGCUCACAGCCUGGUGGCCUGUCACAUGACUCCCUGCGACACAGCUGGAGUGCUGCAUCAUUGCGCAAAACUGCACAUACAUGCUUUUUCCAAAAAGAAAAAAAAAAUGCUGAGAUGUUCAUAAGUAUGUACGGGGGGGGGACACCAAUAGACCUGGAAAACAUGGAAGAGGAAGUGAUAUUUGCCGGGAUGGCCCCAAUCUCUCAUCUUCAGAACAAGUGGGGGGGGGGGGGGAGCAGGACCCCCUUGAUAACUGAUCUGUGGUCUGUGCCUGGUAAGGCUGGACAAACUGCACAUCAGGGCUGGGGGGGGGGAUGAAUAUAGAGUAGCUGUGUUGUUGGGAAUGAACUGCAGGUGGCGCUGUGACAGAUGACUGGUCAGAGGGGGUUUGAGACUUGGGGUCCAUCUGUGUCCAUCUGUGAGCUCCUGUCCUGAUAUGUCUGCAUACAUAAAUGUACAGGAAAUGGGUUGUUUUUCUGAAUUUUUAAUGGGAUUUUGUUUCUGCACCUCAAUACUCUUUUAAUGUAAUAAUAAAUAAUAUGACAGUCAACAAAA